UUGUCAGUCGGUAUCUGUGAGCUGUAACAUUAGCAGAGUCAGUACUGUGGAGUGUAGCUGUUGCAUAUUUGUGUUCACGCGUAUUUCUGUGUUUUAGUUUCGUAUUCAGUAGUACGAGUGAGUGAGUGAGUGUUACCGGCUUCAAAUCUCUGAUUUCUGUCAGUGUUCAGGCCUGUCUGAACACAAACACACACCUACAGGACUGAACUGACUUCACUAUGGACAAAGCAGAUUUCCUGAAAGGUCUACCUGUGUAUAACAAGACAAACUUCAGCAGAUUUCACGCCGACUCUGUAUGUAAAGCAUCGAACAGAAGGCCAUCAGUAUAUCUGCCUACACGAGAGUAUCCCUCCGAACAGAUCAUCGUCACAGAGAAGACAAACAUCCUUCUGCGUUAUCUUCAUCAACAGUGGGACAAAAAGAAUGCAGCUAAAAAGCGAGAGCAGGAGCAAGCAGAAGGGGAAGGUGGCAGCCCAGCGCCUCCCCGCAAAAUCGCCCGGACAGACAGCCAGGAGAUGAACGAGGACUCGUAGAGGAACCCACCAUCCAACAGCACAAGAACGGACACAACAAGCCCAAACUCCCGCACACCACACAGGAAUUUCAUCUCAGAAAGAAAGAAAUGGAAGAACACUUCUCUUACAGUGUGCUUUUUUUUUAUUUUACUGAGUGCUUCCGGAUGCAGUCAGUGCCCUGUUCUGAACGUGUGUGGCGCGACAGGUUUCCACUGCCAGCUUUGACGAUUCUGCUGAACUUCGAGGGGUGGGAAUUCAACAAGCACAUAAGAAUGAAUCUCUGCUAUGAAGACGUGUGUGAAAAUUGAUUUGUUAGGACACUAUUAAUGCAGUGUAAAAGUUGAAACACACCCUAGUAAUCUCAGCUGUGAAUUACCGCUUUCAUGAUGUACUCAGAACACAGGCACUAAACACACAGGCAUUUCUCUUCAGCGUCCAAAAAGGGAAAUUUCGGAAAUGUACAGGCACGUUUGGCAGAUUUAGAUGUAGUAUUUGGUGUUGGUAACGUGACGGUCUUCCUAGCAGGUGCAUACUUGUGCAUGAAUGCACUGUUGGGUCUGUUUUUCUGUUGUCACAGGUUGAGGAUGACGUUACUGGUGAUGUAAAGAAAUACAAAUGUCAGUCUCUUUCACUUCCCCCGUUGUCACGUAGGUUUCCAGUGCUGUGUUCGUUCCAGAAUCAUAAACAGAUUACUUGCCUUCAGAUGCCUGACUCCUUCUCUGACUUGAUCCCUGAGCGCUGAUUCACUUGCA